CAUUCAGCUGUACCUUCCUCAUCCAUGAUGAAGGCCUUAAUUCUAGCACUGGCAUUGACCCUUGUGGGUUGUCAGCAACAACAACAACAACAACGACCAAGUGAAGGUGAUGUUGCCACAUAUGCAGUCGAAAUUCAAAAUGUGAUCAGACUCCCAGGAAAAGGUGCAGGAAGCUCUGGACUAAAAUUAAAAUGUCAAAUUGCCAUUGGCCAAAUUGCACCAGACCGUAAAGUUCUACAGCUUCAUAGUGUUGAAGUGCUUGAGCUCAAUGGCAUCCAGCCACAGCAGGACUUCAAGCAGUCAUCCAAGCUGACCAAGAUGUUUGAGGAAGACUUACCUGGCAUAGUUACAUUUCGCCACAGGAAAGGGUUUGUUGAUGACAUCAUGGCUUCAGGACACUUCUCAGAAUAUAAACUUGGAGUCUUCAAAGGACUUCUGAACAACCUGCAAUAUUCCAUGAAGCUAGACCAGAAAAGCUACAACUUAAGAGAGAAUAGUAUUUGGGGGAGGUGCAACACAACAUACCUCGUUCAGAAUGCUGUAAAAGCCGAUGAGAUCUUCAUGACCAAGUCCAUGGACUUAAACGACUGCGACAAUGCUGCUUUCAAGAUCUUUGGUGCGUCACAUGUUACUUCAUGUGAAGCCUGUCAACAGAAAGUCAAACCUUUCCAAGGCUCAGCUACAUUCAAGUACAGAUUUAGGGAUGCACAAAAGGGAGACAACGAGAGAACGAUUAUGCAGGUCGAAGGUGUGGAAAUCCGUGAGUUUGCACCAUUCAAUGAGCUUAGCGGAACAACAGGCAUCAUGGAGGCCAGGCUUAAAAUGGUAUUCAUCAAUAUGCAUGGCCACUUGCCACAUGUCCCUUCUGACUUGAAGAGAUGGGGCUCACUUUCCUACAAGUUUAAUUAUGAACUUCCUCCUCUUCCUAUUCCAUUAAUAAAGAGCAACAACGUAGAGAGAGAGAUUGAGGAAAGAUUGCAGUAUUUGGCAGGACACCCAAAUGCAAAGUUUCCAAGAGAUGGUGCAAUUAAAUUCCUGCAGGCUAUCGAACUUGUGCGUGAGAUGAAUGAUACAAAAUAUUUAGAUGUGCUCUUUAGAAAACAUGCCAAUGAGCCAGCACUCAGACACCUCAUCGUGCAACUAGCUGCUGCUGCUGGUACUCCAGAUGCACUUAGAUUCUUGAAACAUAGGUUUGAUCAGAGAGAAAUCAGCAGGAUUGAAGCGACAAUGGCAUUUGUUACCUUCUUUCAUACCUGCACUCCAUCUCCAGAAAUCCUAGAAACAGCUAUGGCAAUUGUGACAGAUGUCCUCAAAGGUCCAAGAAGUUUGUAUCGCAGCUUCACCUGCCUUGCCUAUGGAACUGUUGUUAAAAAAUACUGUUCUUCCUCAGAAACUUGCCCUGACAAAUACAUCAAGCCUUUGAAUGAUUUUGCAAUUAGAGCAAAACGUACAUCCGAUGUAGAUGGACAAAUCCUGGUACUGAAGGCCUUAGCAAAUGUGGGACAUGUCAUCAUUGAGAAGCCCAUCAUGAAGACCUUUGCAACUCUAAUUUCUUCUCCUGACAGCCUGCAUCCUUGCUCUGCCAUGUUGGCUCUAAGAGGCCUUGUUGAGAAGUAUCCUGCACGGGUGGAAGCACUUACUGUUCCAAUCAUCAUGGAUAACAAGAUAGAUCCCUUAACUCGAAAAUGUGCUGCCAUUGUUUAUAUGGAAUCCCUACCAGCUCUCCCUUCAUUGAUGGCAAUGGCUAAUUUUGCAUCAGAGACACCCAUGUCAGAAGUGAAAUAUUUCCUGUUAACUCUUAUACGUGAAGCGUCCACUUGCAGAGCUCCUGACUGCCAAGAAAUGGCUUCUGCCUGCAGAGUGGCACUGAAAGUACUGAGCAUCAGGAUUCAGAGGCCAAGCUAUCGCCACAACAUUGCUUACUUCUUUGGUCUUCACAGUGAACGACUUAUGGCUGGUUUGAGAGCUGAGGUUAUCUCCAUAGGUGAACAAGGAAAUAUCCUCCCAUUUUUGACCAUGUUCAAAACCAGGGCAAACAUCCUUGGCGUCUCCUCUGAUCUCAUAGAGGUUGGCAUUAAGAGUAAAGGACUAGCUCACCUCUUUCAAAGGGCAUAUACAGAAGGAAGGCUCCAUGACUUGGCAUUCCAUGGCAAAAUGCCUCUCCCCUGGAUUAAAGAUUCUGUAGAUGGCCUUAAAAAUCACCCAAAUUUGCAGUGGCAGAACAAUUUAGUAUCUGCAGAAAUCUACGGUGUUGUGCCUACAUGCACUGGACUUCCACUUCAAAUAAGCUUGGUUCAUUUUACUCACACAUCAGUCAAUGGAAAUGUUCAGUUAUCCAUGAGUCCUGAGCCGACAUCACAUUUGUUUUUGCCUGACUUGCUUAACAUCGAUAUGAAACUGAAAACCAGAUUGUCUGUCAGCAUGGACAAAGAUAUGUUCGUGACGAUGGGAAUCGUUGUCCCUGAAUUCCAGGCUAUAAUACAAGAGAAUGCCAAAAUGGUCACCAAUAUCCCUGUGAACGUUGAUGUCUCUAUGAACAUUAAGGAAAGGAGCUUCAAACUUGAACUUCCACCAUGCAGAGAGGAAACUGAACUCAUGUCUUUCAGUGCAUUGACAUCUGUUAUCACUCGCAACCUUGAAGAGGCACCUGUUACCAAGUCAAAUCCACUUUUUGUCCCUCAAACUGUGUCUAAAAUAAUAAGAGGCUCCUUUGAAUCAGCAGAACAACAGAAUGAAAGAAAGGACCAAAUUUCCGCAGAAAGUGGACAGUCACAACGUCACAUGCCUGCCCCUCGACACACUGAGUGUGUUGAAGCAUGCACAUUUGGAUGUAAGGCUUGCGUUGAAUGGUCAAACAUUUAUGCUGGGUGCUCCAUAGAUGACUCUCUGUACAACUUGGCUGGUGAACAUACUUUAAGAGUAACACUCAAGCAAGCUGAUAGAAGAGCACCCAUUGAGAAGUUACGAUUGACUGUUCAAGGAGGCGCUCAUUCUAGUUUACCAAUGGUGCGUUUGACGAGAGAUGAAGAAAGACAUUUAAGAAGAAUUCAGCCCAUCAGCAGCUCCAGCGAAAGCUCUAGCGAUAGCUCUGACAGUUCAAGCGAUGAUUGGGAUGACCGCGAUGAAGAAGAAAUGAUAGAUAUGAAGCAGCAAGAACGUUAUCAGAAGCACCCCAGGAAGACUUCUUUGAAGAGCAGCAGCAGCAGCAGUGACAGCAGUAGCAGCCAAGCAUCAAGCAGUUCAUCAUCAAGCAGUUCAUCCUCAUCCUCUGAACCCAGCAGCAGCUCUAGCAGCAGCUCCAGAAGCAGCAGAAGCAGCAGCAGAGACAGAAAGCAGAAAGGCGGAAAGGGCAGCAACUUCCAGGAGGACCAUGGCAAUUUGCUACGACCUUACGUUACUAUUGUGGCUGAGGCAGUUAGGAGUGAUAAGAAAGAACAGGGCUACAAAUUUUCAAUGUACAUGAAGCAUGACCUCUACAAAGUCCAGAUGAAAAUAAUUGGAACUGAGCUUGCCAGAACCAGGUGGAGAGCAUGUCUUGAUAGUGUUGUGCAACCUUACACAUUCCAGAAUGAACUGAGUUGGGGCAACAACUGCAAAGAUUACAACAUUCGAGUAAAGGCUUCCAGUGGGCUGGUUGCAGCACGGGACGCAUUCCAAAUUGAGUUGAAAUGGACAAAGGUUCCACGCUACCUAGAGAGAUGUGCUGCUUGGGUUAUGGAUCUCAUUCCUGGUAUUGCAUACAUGAAAUACUUCACAGCGGUUUAUCAGAAGAACCCUUCACGUCAGAUUCUGUUCAGAGUGGUUCAGUCCUCUCCAUACACAACGGCUACAAUCUUGAGAGUUCCCGAGCAAACCUUUUACAGAGAUGGCCUCUGUUUUCCAUUUUCUUUACCCGCUUUCGAAACUCCAUCUUAUCAAUCUCCAGCAAAAAGGCCAUUUGAUUUAUUUGAAUUAAUGUCAUGGGCACCCAAAGGAGGUGAAGCUGUAUGUGAGGUGAACAACGAACAGAUCAUGACCUUCGAUAACAAGGUAUUCAAUGUAACUACAACCAAACAUGCCUGUGACCUUUUGGUAGUCCAAGACUGCAACAAAAAUGAAAAUUAUGAACCACGGUUCCGUGUUUGGAUAUCAAAGGCCAGACCUGAUAGUCCAGGAGAGGUUCACAUCAAUAUCUCUUCAGAACUCAGAAGUUAUAUCAGAAUCUUACCUACCAUGAAUAAACUUUCUUUGUUAUAUAAUGAGGAUCGAGUCCUACUUGACAAAAAGGAGUUUGAGGAUGAGAAAGCACACAUUAAAAUGUGUAAAAAUGAGACCACUGUUGCUAUUGAGGCACCACUGAUAGGCCUAGUGAAUGUGACGUACGAUGGCGAAACACUGAGGAUUACAGUCGCUUCCAACAUGAGAGGUAAAACCUGCGGACUCUGCGGAAACAAUGACGGUGAAAUGAGUAAUGAAGCCCAGAUGCCCAAUCAAGAACAGGCAUCAACCACUACAGAGCUUUUGCGUUCCUGGACAUUGACGGAUAAGUGUGAUAGAGAAAUGGAAGCAACGUCUGACUCAGAUAUUUUGGCAGAUUAG